AUGGAAGGGCUCCGAGCGAUACACACGCACGAGGAACGUUCAGACGAAGACGAAUCAACGCUGUCGUUCGCUCAGGCCGAUGGCAUGCACGACGACUAUUCCGUUAGAACGGAUAAGACUGGACUGGGCUUAAGACACAGCGCAAACAUGGCUGGUGCAGAAAGACGCGCAAGUACCAGCAGUACUAUCAACACCAACACUAACACUAACGCUAACGCUAACGUUAUCACUAACACUAACACCAACACCAACCCCAAUACCUCUGCAGGGUUUGAUUCCGUGCAGGGUCAACAUGACUCGCUCACGUUGGCUCGGUCUGGUUCAGGCUCAUUCGCGUCUCCGCAAGCACCCAGGCACAGACACUCGGGUGGUGUAACCAUGUCACAGGACAGCAGGGACGGCCUCUCCUCGUCAGGUCAUUGGAGCGUGAUGG